CAGGGAGUAGCAAUAGCUGACGAUGACAGACCGAUCAAACGCGAUAUAAACGUUUAUCGUUCACAAGUCAAGAUAACUGCGUACAAUUCACAUGGAUAUAAGGUACGUAUUUUUUAGUGUUAUUUAUAUUUAUAACUGUAAAUCUAGAGAAGAAAACAGCUAAAAUGCGACUCAGGUUUUACAGCUCACGAGACAUAUCAUCUGUAUUAGAAAUUUUCCGCAGAGCAAGGCUCAGUUUUCUUUCGAAGUAUAUCUUGUUAAGAAGGUCGGUCUUAUUUUUUUUGCUUUGUUUCUCUCUUCUGGGUUAAGGUCGUCCCCUCCAACGAAACGGAAAAGAAGCCAACUUCAUUCCGUCCAACCUCCUGCGUUGAUUAUCUGCGUCGCGGGAUCUCUCAAAGUGGCAUCUACAAACUUUACGACCAGAGUGGAAAGAGUUACGCAGCUUACUGUGACAUGAAGUCCGAAUUAGACACUGCAUGGACUAUGGUGAUGUCAUGGGCCCUCGUAAAUCGAAAGCUCUCAGCCUUUUUUAAAAUCCCGUUCAAGUACAACUCCCCACAAAACGAGGACGACCUUAACUGGGAUCUUUACCGCUUAAGUCUGGCGCGAAUGAGAUUCUUGCAAGGCCAGUCCACUCACUGGCGAGCUACAUGCAGCUACCCGAUCAAUGGUAUCGAUUUUAGAGACUACCUUCGGGGAAACUUCAAGGAUUUUAACAUCAUUAAUUAUGUUGGUGGCGGUACAUGUAAGAAAGUGGAAUACAUCAAUAUCCGGGGACACGUGGGCACGGAUCUGACGGUACCUUUCUGGCAGAAGCUCAAUACAUGGACCCUGCAUACUGAUAGCACACUUACUCACUGUCAAUUCAAGGUGGUGAAGACGGGAGCAGUGGGGGGUGAAGACAACUUUGGCUGGUACGCUACCAUGAGUACGAAGUUUCGCUGCACACGGGGAACCCAAUCUACCACCCAGUGGUGGUUUGGAGGACAUAUCUAA